AUGAGAUUGAUCUACGGUUUGAAAUUGAUGAUCAUCUUAGGGAUCAUCGGACAAGUCUCAACACUUUCUUACAAUCGGCCAAAGUUUUGUUAUAGUGCAUCAUGGGAUGCAAAUGGACCGAUUGUUGCUUGGACAUUUAGUAUUGGACCACUGGGAUCGAAGUUAUCCGAUAUUUUUAUCGAUACAAACGAUACAAUGUAUGUGGUUUCACAACCGUCUAGUCCGUUUUUUAAUAUAUAUCAAACAGGCAGUAUAAGUAUCAAAACUAUUCAAAAUGCAGGAGCCAAUCCAAUUAGCGUCUUUGCAGCAACGUCUAAUGAGAUUUACGUUGGCACAGGUGAUCCAGGAAGCCAAAUUGGUAAAUCUGUAUCAACUCCACCAAGUUUCACUCAAAUAUUGGAUACAUGCGGCGAAUGUUUUGACAUCUUUAUCGACAUGUACGACAACAUUUAUUGUUCGAUAACAGACAGUCACAAAGUUAUCAGAAAAUUCUUAAACGACAGCUCAAGCAUAUUCACAAUAGCUGCUGGUAUAGGUGUUCCCGGUGGAGGUUCGAAUACACUUAAUAGACCGUUUGGCAUUACUCUUGAUAAUAAUAGUAGCUUAUAUGUCGCCGAUUGCUCCAAUAAUCGAAUACAACUUUUUCAGUUUGGCCAAAUAAAUGCAAAUACAGUGGCAGGAAGUACAUCAGCACAAGUUACGAUAGCACUGAGUUGCCCAGUCGAUGUUGCACUGGAUGCGGAUAAUUAUCUUUAUAUUGUCGAAUUUAAUGACGAUCGUCUUAUCGGAUCUGGGCCCUAUGGUUUCUUCUGUAUAGCCAAUUGUGAGGUUCUAAAAGGGCCAAUUGGACAUGCGUUUCAUUCGUCGCGAAGACUAACUUUCGAUAGUCGUGGAAAUAUGUAUGUUCUUGAAAGCGGUUCUUCUCGAAUCAAAAAGUACAGUUUAAGUACAAAAUUAUGCAACACUAGUAGCACGUACACUACAAAUAAUAUGUUAUCCACGACGACAACUAGCAGUAUGUCGACUUCGGAUCAAACAACUGUAGUAACAAUAGUCCGAUCUUACAAUCGACCGAAAUUUAGUGAAUUAUCAUCAUGGAACUCCAAAGCAGAAACAUUCGCGACUACCGGUCAAGUUGGUAAAUCUCCAAAUGGUAUAUUUAUAACUACUAAUAAUACAGUUUAUCUGGCAAAUCGUGACAAAAGCAAAGUCUUUAUAUGGUUACCAGGUGGUGCGAGUUGGAUGUCGGGAUUUUUUCCUGCACUAACUAACCCCUACUCUCUUUUCGUAUCAACGGACGGCGAGAUCUUUAUUGACAACAGUCGAGGAGGGAAUCAGGUAAGUAGAUGGACAUGGGCCACAACUGUUUCAACUUCCGCCAUGUAUGUUAAUGAUGCUUGCUACGGCCUGUUUAUUGAUAUUCGUGGUAUGAUUUACUGUUCACUACGUAAUCAACAUCAAGUUAUUGCAAAACUGUUGGAUGAUAACUCUAGCGUAGCAACUGUUAUUGCCGGCAGUGGUUGUAAGGGAAGUAGUUCAAAUAUGUUGAAUGAACCUCGUGGAAUCUUUGUCGACGAUAGUUUGGUUUUAUAUGUCGCAGAUUCUCUAAACAAUCGGAUUCAGACGUUUUCACCAGGACAGUCCAACGGAGCUACAGCUGCAGGACCUGCGUUAACUGGGACAUAUGCGCUUCGUACUCCAACUUGUGUUGUUCUUGAUAUUGACAACUUAAUGUUUAUUGUUGACUCCGACAACCAUCGUAUUGUUGCACAGAGUUCAACUGGUUUUCGAUGUGUAGCUGGAUGUUCGGGAAAGUCUGGCAGAAACGCAGAUCAAUUAAAUCGACCGCGAACUCUUAGUUUCGAUAGCGACGGAAAUAUGUUCGUUAUAGAUUCUGAAAAUCAGCGAGUUCAAAAGUUUACCUUAUUAACCACUAAUAUUGGUUCUUCUGUAGUUCCAUCUUAUAACCAACCGAACUUGAAUGUGUCAACAACAUGGAAUCCAAAUGCAAUAACUAUUGCUGAUAGUGGUACUAUUAGCGGAAAUGUCAGUGGUAUCUUCGUCACUGUAAAUAAUACACUUUACAUUGCUGAUCGAGCAAGUGGGCGAAUUUUUCUUUUCUCGAGCAAUGGUGCCAGUCUAACGCAAAUUCAUCUCAUGGGUUUCGUACUUCACACUUCGAUAUUUGUGACCAUAAAUGGCGACAUAUUUAUGGGCAACGGAAGUUCCAGUAGUGAAGUGUUGAAGUGGUCCGUUAAUACCAACACUAGUGUUUCGAUUAUGUCCACGAAUGAUACAUGCACUGGUUUGUUUGUUGAUAUCACGAAUACGCUGUAUUGUUCAAUGAGUAAUCAACAUCAGGUUAUUAAAAAGCGAGUAGACAAUACUUCUAAUACGAUAAUAGCCGCUGGCACAGGUGUGAAUGGCUCUGCUUCAAAUAUGCUUAAUGAGCCGUAUGGAAUCUUUGUCGAUGCUGAUUUAAAUUUGUAUGUGGCUGAUUCAUCAAAUGAUCGUAUACAAUUCUAUCAACUAAACCAGUUAAAUGGAACGACAGUAGCAGGAAAUGGCUCUAUCGGCAACACAAUUACAUUAAACAAGCCAACUGGAGUAAUUCUCGAUGGUAGCAAUUAUCUAUUCAUCGCCGAUUGCAAUAACAAUCGUAUUAUUGGAUCAGGACCCAAUGGCUUUCGUUGUAUAGCCGGAUGUUCUAAUAUACCAGGCGUAGCAUCGAAUCAAUUCAACCAGCCCGGCACAAUCGGUUUUGAUAGCGAUGGGAACAUUUUCGUUGCUGAUUAUAGCAACUUUAGAAUUCAAAAAAUUCUUUUGUUAAAUGAAAAUCUUGUAACUUCAUACAACCAACCAAAGUUUUGUGCAAACGCUAUGUGGAAUCCAGAUGCAAAUACUUUUGCUGAUAGAACCACGAUCGGAUUCAAUUCACGUGGAAUAUAUAUCGACAAGAACAACACUGUUUAUGUUGCUGAUUAUGCAAAUAAUCGAACUGACAUAUGGAUCAAUGGUAUGAGCAGUGCAAUGCGAUCUAUUUACAGUGGUUUAGCUUCUCCACAUUCAAUUUUUUCGACGUCCAAUGGUUAUAUCUAUAUCGAUAAUGGAGCAAUCAAUGGACGAGUCGAUAAACAAACAUUGAAUUCAAAUGCGAGCACGCCUGUCAUGUACGUUCCUGCUCCAUGCGAUGGGCUAUUCGUAGAUACUAGCAAUAUGAUUUAUUGUUCCAUGGCUCAACAUCAUCAAGUUGUCAAAAAGUUGUUGAGUGAUAGUUCAAAUACGACGACCAUUGCUGCCGGCACAGGUGUUAGUGGUUCUACGCCGGAUAAACUUUUCUCUCCACGUGGAAUUUUCGUUGAUGACAGUUCGAACUUGUAUGUCGCUGACUAUUCCAAUCAUCGUAUUCAACUUUUUCAGCCUGGAAAGUCCAGUGGAAUCACCAUAGCAGGUAGCGGGUCUUCUAAUAAUACAAUUACGCUCAACGGGCCGACAGAGAUCCUCCUUGAUGGUGAUAACUACAUAUUCAUUGUUGAUAGUGGAAAUAAUCGUAUCGUUCGAUCUGGCCCAAAUGGUUUUCAAUGUGUAGUAGGAUGUUUGAAUUCAUCAGGUUCAGCCGCCAAUAAAUUGUCCAAUCCUCAAUCAAUGAGCUUCGACAGUUAUGGCAACUUAUUCGUAGUCGAUUCUCAAAAUAUUCGCAUUCAAAAAUUCGACUUAUUAACUGCCUCCUGUGCAUGUCGUGCACCAACAAUAGUACUCACACCGAACUCGACCUCAAUCGCAUCGCCAGUUCAAUACCGUCGCAGUCAAGAUUUUACGAUAGUUUCUUUAAUAGGCUUGAACUGUGCCAGUUCUCUGACGAUGACUACGCAAUGGACAAUCAUCAAUUGUACUACGUCUUGUUCAAAUAGAAUGCCUUCGAAUCCGACAAUAGUAACCAAACAAAGCGAACUGUACAUUCCAGCGAAAAGUCUACCCUAUGGUUUGUACAAAUUUACAUUAACUGUAGCGAUGUCGCAAAUGACAACCUUAUCCGCAUCGUUAAAUAUCUACGUGCAAAUAAUCCCGUCAACUAAGACUGCAUAUUUAAUACCAUAUGGAAUGUCAUUGAUAACGCGUAGUUACCUACAAGAUCUUCAAUUAAAUCCUGGAAAUUAUUCAAUUGAUCCCGAUGAGGAUCUCUUCGACGCUACUCAAUGGAAUUACAAAUAUUAUUGUCGAAUAUACAAUUUGUAUGCAUUUCCAAGCAUCUCGGGAUCAUUUUUGACAAUCGAUGACUUGAGAAAUGAUUCAUCGAGUCCAUCAUGUUUAUCAAAUCGAACGGGAUGGACAUUUGAUAAUUCUCUCAAUUCAGCAUUUAGUAUUCUUGCCGGCUCGCUCCUACCCAAUCGGACAUACCAAUUUAUGGUAACAAUGACAUAUCGUUCAAGUUCAUCGAUUACACUUACAGGUUAUGCUCUUAUUCGAAUCGAAAAUAUUUAUCCAUAUACAAUCUUACUCGGUUGUGUCAUAUUGACACUAUGUGAGCCGAAUGUUCAGUUUCAAGUUAUUAAUCCAACAACACAAGUAGCAUUGUUUUCGACAUGCACUGUCAAUUGUACAGCAAUUCAGAACAUUACAUGGAAUGUCUAUACGGGUGAAAUGGAUUUGAUGACGAACGUCGUCGUGUGGACAUCGUUUGAUUCGACGAAUGCCAUCGAUGAUUCAUGGUUUUUCGGUUACGAUACAAGCAACUUUACAACUACAAAUCAGCUAUUUCUGUCGAAUACACAAACGUAUUGGCGUUUCGAAGUUGUUUAUCAAUUUACCAGCAGUACGAGUUCAAAUGCAAUAGAUUUCAUGAUCAAUGAAUCACCUUAUGACGGUUCAUGUUCGAUCAAUCCUACCGAAGGCACAACGAGCACUGUGUUUACCAUUACAUGUUUCGAUUGGAUAGAUAACAAUGGUAUCAAAGAUUAUACUGUAUACGCAUGGGCGAAUGAUUCGUUAACGCGAAUGUCUAUCGCUUAUUCUUCAAUUUCAACAUUCAAUGUUCUUCUGCCAGCUGGAGACAAUCAAACAUCCACACUUGUUGUGAUUAUUCACGUUCGCGAUCAGUUGAAUUGUAUUGCCGAGUUUAAUAUUUCAUCGGUUACGGUUGCUCCCGAUUUGGUAGCAAUUAAUAAUCUGAUAGGCGAUAUUCAAAAUUCAUCGGAGACAAUCUUAACAAACCCAAUCAUACAAUUGCUUGCAAGCAAAAAUCAAAAUUUUGUCGGUCAACUGUUAACAUCUGUCUCCAAGCAAUUCAAUCAAAUUAAUAGUGAAAGUCUCGAGCAAGCGAUUUCAAAUAAUAUUCCAAUGACGGGUAUCGCCAUUUCAUCAUUCUAUUCUGAUGAUAAGCAACAGACAACAUCGGUCGCACCCAAUCAAACUCAAUUAGAUGAAUUCAAUAGACAACUGAAUUCUCGGGCAACGGCUCGAGAUUAUUUGAUUGCAUUCAUGACUAAUCUUCCUAUCACGACAUUAAGUAAUAUUGAACUUCAAGCAUCCACAUUAGCGCAACUGACAAAAGCCACCAAUGAAUUGACACGAACAGCUCUGACAAUUUCAUCUAAUCAAUGUUAUCAGUUGGCAUUGGCUUUGAAUUCGAUGCGAACAAGUGUUGCAUACGAAAAUAUCCAACUCGCAGUAAAUAAUCUCUUUCAAUGUUCUGCCAAUCUCAUCAGUGCUGUAAAUGGGCCAUUACAAGAACGGACGACCAUUCUCAAUUUAGACUCAUAUCGAGCCACAAAACUUCCAGACGAUUAUGAUACGAACGUUGAACUGGACUGGGCGAAUCCAAAUUUGUUUGCUGAUGGAGAUGAUUUUUCCUGGGAAACAAUACAGAAGAAUCGAAACAUUUAUUAUCAAAGAAACUUAGCAAUACAAAUCAACAAUCAAAUGAAUGAAUUGACUUCAUUGAUAACAUCAUCACUGACUAUUCAUCUCAACGUUGGCCAAGAUUUCAGCAUUAGAAAUCAACAAGUUUUAAUGUCAUUGAAAACAAAAUCAAGUCAAUCAUUUUUGAAUAAAUCCGAACAAACAAUUGGAAAAGGUCGAGUUCAACUUCCCAACAAUUUUACUGAGUAUCUAGGUACAAAUGAAAAGGUUUCCCUUCAAUCUAUGAUGAAGCCAUUAGCAUCGUUUGGAAAUUCAAAGUCAACAUCAAAUACAAAUCUCUCUAGAUCAAUUUCGUUCUCAGUUCUCGAUCAGAAUCAGAAUGAGAUUUCAAUUCAAACAACAAGCAAUCAGUCGAUCGGGAUCAUCAUUCCUCGCGAUCCCAAUCUUAUCAUACCAUCGAUGAUCUUGCAAAAUGUUACAGCAACUAAUUCAACGCCUAACAAUCUCAUCUUUGAUUUGCAUUAUUUGAAUUUAACAGCGGUAUUACCAUUUUCUGUUCAUUGGGAAAUUCAACCGUUGGAUAUCAGUUUAGCCUAUUUGUUCAUCUACAGAUUCGAUCAAAUACCAAAACUGAGUUCAUCUGUCAAACAGAUCGAUGGAUGGACACUUCUCUGUCCCGAGAAUUUCACGAAUAGUAGUGUCUAUACAUACUAUGUCGAUAAUCAACAAACAGCAGGCCACCAGUCACUUAUUUUUGGCUUGCGACAACUCGAUGUCACUGAGAUCAUUCACCACUGUUCAAACACAUCACUUGCUGCUCCUCCCGUCACUGAUUACCCAAUUAAUUUCACUUCAGACUAUCGAAUGAGAAUAUAUACGUCCUGUUGUUAUUAUCUCGAUGCAAAUCAACAAUGGCAAUCAGAUGGACUCAUCGUUGGCCCGCUGACCAAUCACGAUCAAACACAGUGUUAUUCUACUCAUCUGACAACAUUCGCCGGUGGAUUUACUAUUCUACCUGAAACAGUCAACUGGAGUUAUGUGUUUGCUAAUGCUGAUUUUAUGAAAAACAAAACCAUCUAUUUGACAGUGAUUCUUGUUUGUGCGAUCUAUGUACUUCUGGCUAUUUAUGCGCGGUACUACGACAAGAAAGACGUGGAGAAACUAGGUGUUACAAUCUUGCCCGAUAAUAACAAGAACGAUGACUAUUUCUAUCAAAUGAUUGUGUUCACUGGUCAACGACGAGAUGCUGGAACGAAAUCGAAUGUACAUUUUGUCAUUCAUGGUGAUGAGAAUGAUACUCACAUUCGAACAUUGGCUGAUCCUCAUCGUCGCGUUUUGCAGCGAGGUGGAGUUGAUGCAUUCCUUAUGAGUGUUCCCAAAUCAUUGGGACAGUUGAAUUGUAUUCGCAUUUGGCACGACAACAGUGGUAAAGGUUCCUCAUCGUCGUGGUUCCUCAAAUAUAUCAUCAUUCGUGAUCUUCAAACAAUGCAAAAGUUUCAUUUCAUCAGUCAACGAUGGUUUGCAGUUGAGAAAGAUGAUGGGAAGAUCGAACGUGCUCUACCUGUUGCAAGUGAACUAGAAAAGAACCAGUUCUCAUUUGUGUUAACAAAACGAACUUAUCACAGUGUGUCUGAUGGUCACCUUUGGUUUUCGAUCUUUUCUCGUCCACCAUCGAGUCAGUUCACUCGUGUGCAACGAUGUACAUGCUGUUUUGUUCUAUUGCUUGUUUCGAUGUUUCUCAAUAUUAUGUACUAUGACUUGUCGAGCGAAGCAAAAUUAGCUAAAUCGACGAACACAAGUAACUUAUCGUUUGGAUCACUUUACAUUACUCCUCAACAAAUAAUCAUUGGUAUCGUCGUUGAAUUCUUUGCACUGAUUCCGAGUUUGCUUCUGGUUCAAUUAUUUCGACGCCUUCGUCCUCGUCGAAAGCAACUGUCGCCAAUACGUCAAGCUCUGUCUAAAGUAAAUGCGCCUCUACAAAAUGAAAAAAAGAGUCGUCGAAGAGCGCGCUCUAAGAAAUCACCAUUCACUCUUCCAUGGUGGUUUAUCUUUGUUGCUUAUGGAUUGUGUAUCAUCUUUGUUGGCCUUUCGAUUAUAUUCAUCAUUGCUCGCGGUAUCGAAUUUGGUGACGAAAAAACUCAAAAGUGGCUGGUUUCCAUUGUCAGUAGUUUCUUCUCUUCAAUUCUUCUCACUCAACCAUUAAAGAUUAUAUCACUGGCGAUUUUCUUUGCGUGUUUUUGUCGAAAGUCAAAUUAUGAUGCGGAGGCAAACGAAUUGCUAGAUGACACUCAGAUAGGCUUAGAAGCAGAUGAAGAAUAUUUACACGCAAUGGAAAAGGACUCUUCCCUAACUCGUCGACCAAUGAUUCAUGUUGAUCGUUUGAACAAAACAGAAGUUCUCGAGGCGCGUGAAUAUCGUUUACACGAAAUCGAAAUGUGGUCUGUCAUCCGACAAAUAUCGCUAUACAUAUGCUUUAUCUCAGUCCUCUACGUGGUCAUCUAUUCGAAUCGGAACACAAGUGCAUUCUAUCAAGUCAAUCAUCUGCGAAAAUAUUUUCUCAAUUCAAGGCACGAGGAUUUGGAUUUCACCAAAAUUUCAACAAUUGAUCAAUACUGGAAUUGGUUGGACAACAGUUUCAUUGGUAAUCUCCGAGCACAAGAGUGGUACAAUGGAGAUCCACCCCGAAAUCUCACCGGUUUUAUUGAUGAUAAAUCAAAUCGAUUAAUCGGAUGGGCAACAAUGAGACAGCUGAGAGUUAAAUCUACGCUAUGCCCGAAACAAACUGCAAUAUCGUCUGUCUGCGAAGAAGAUUACAAUCAAUUUCAUGCAGAUCAACGAUCUUAUGUACCAGAAUGGAAAGAUUACACAUCGAAUAAUUAUACUGCGUUCAUUCGUCAAGCAUUUACCUAUCAANAAGACGACUCCGACGACGCGCAAGACACAAGUUCAGGAGAUGACGAGCGAAAUCGUCUUUCAGAAUGGUUGGAUAAAUACAUUAGUAAACGUGGCUGCAGUUUUGGUGCUUGCAGCAGUGACGGUGAAUGCUGUUCUGGUCAUUGUAGUCGUCGUUAUUCUUUCAAUUCCUACCGAUCUGCGGGAUACUGUAGUCGUCAAAUGUUUUUUGGACAUAGUUGGCGUACCCAUAAUCGGUACGAACGCGUGGCCACGUCAUUGAUCAUGUCUACGGAGUUUGUGUACAAUGUCUCUUAUGCGUAUAAUCAAACGCAUGAAAACACCAGCGUACCAACACAAGUCAACCAUAAUCAAAUCAAUCAAAUUCAUGACGAUCUCAACACAGUCAAAAUACAGAUGGUUCAAAAUAUCGAAAGACUUCAGCAACGUGCAGAAAAAAUAAAUGAGUCCGAAGAACGAGCAGAUAAAAUGAAUGACGCUGCAAAAGAGUUCAGACAACAUACACGUGAAAUCAAACGUAAAAUGUGGUGGCAAAACACGAAGAUGUGGAUUCUUUUGAUCAUUGCACUUUGUCUUCUGAUCACUGGCAUUGUUUUGAUCGCGGUGCUUUUAUCAAAAAACGACAACUAA